UUUGCAGGUGUCGACAAUUUUCAGUGGAUUUUCAUUCUGUGUAAAGCAAAACGUCGAGAUAUUUCAAUACGCUGCUAUUAUAUACUACCAUCGGAAAUUAAGUCAAAACAAGAAGACUACAGCCAAUCUAAGUGAAGGUCCAUUGGUUGGAGUGUUAGAACGACGAUUCCAGUGUCGGAGGGUGGCUAUCCUGAGAGCCGUUGUAGCCAGUCUGGGUCUGUUCCUCUCCACUUUCUCUCCAAAUCUGGAUGUCAUGAUUCUACUGUACGGCAUUGUCGGGGGUACUGGGUUCGGGCUCAUAUAUCAACCGGCGAUACUUAUUGUGAGUUACUACUUCAACAGGCGCCGAGCCCUUGCCACAGGGAUAGCUGUGUGUGGGUCGGGUAUCGGUGGCUUUGUUUUCGCACCACUUAGUGUCCUAUUGCUGGAUGCCUACGGCUGGAAAGGCGCCAUGUGGAUCAUCUCCGCUAUAGUGCUGAAUGGUGUUGUGUUUGGUGCUGUUUACAGACCAAUUGAAGUGCAACAGAGAAGACCUAAAGGACAAACCACAUUUUCCGAAGAGAAUGAAAAUUCAAAUGCUAAAUGUAUUUGUACUCGGGUAAGGCAGACUUUAGGAAUUUCGAUGUUAUCGAGUCCCUCCGUGGUUGUUUACCUGGUUUCCUGUUUUCUAGUGACAAUUGGAAUCUACAUUCCGUUUAAUUUCCUGCCAUCGUUUGCUAAGGAGUUAGGCUUACCAGCUUCUGAAGGGGCACUUCUCAUAUCGACCAUUGGGAUUUUCAACACACUUGUGAGAGUUGUGAUUGGCUUCGUGACAGAUCGACCCUGGGCAGACUGUAUCCUUAUCAACGGUGCGAUGCUGGUUUUAGGAGGCGUGGCCACAUUCUUUGUACCGUAUUACACUUCAUUUGGGGCCCUUGCUGCUUGUGCAGCAGUCUUUGGAUCAGCUAUAGGGACAUUUGUUUCAUUAGGUCCAAUAAUUUUGAUAAAGCUUAAAGGAAUUCAAAAUAUGUCGACUUUAUUCGGCCUUUUGGGAUUGGUCGGUGGAGUUUCCGCUGUCUUUGGAUCACCUAUAACAGGUAAGGAGUGA